AUGUUAAAAAGUAAAACUUAUUAUAAAAUAUUAGGAACUAAAUCGUAAAUGAUAUUUGCUAUAAUCAUAAUUUUACAAGCUUAAUUGAUUUCCUUCACUUAUGAGCUAUUGAUGAAAUUUACUCCCCAAAUAAAUAAGGUAUUUUAUAUCAUUAAAAAUUUAAGAAAAAUUUCUCCUAAUUUCAGUUGGAGUUGAUUGUGUACUAAUCGGGAUACAAAUAUCUACAUUAACAAUAUAUUUAUCUCAUCAAAAAUAAGAAUUGA